CUCCAGUGCCUACGUGCGCUGAACGAAGUCGUGAAGAAAGGUUCCCUCCACGGAGGAUGAGAUGCUUGUUUACUUUUGCUCGUCCGUCUAGCGAAAAGAAAGUGGAGUAACCAAUAGCUUUAAAAGCGGAUAAACACGUCACCCUCCGAUUAUCGAAGUAAUAUAGCAGCUAGCAUUCUUAGCUAACAUCAUAGCUUGUGUUGGGAAUUUUUCUGGAAACCAUCCCCCCUAAGCAGAAAAGCUUUUGAAGUCAUGACAUCAAAGAGAAAGAAAAAGUCCCCGCCGGGACCAUGUGGUUUACCCUUCUUUGGUUCUUUUUUCGACAUCGACCUUAAAAAUAUUCACCUGGAUUUUCUGAAAUGGAAGGAACGAUAUGGAGACAUCGUGUCUUUCAAAAUGAACGGGAAGAAUUUUCUUGUACUGAAUAAUAUAGACAUUAUCAGGAAGGCAUUCGAGAGCGACGAAAUCGGCGCCUUAAUGAGUGAUCGACCAUUAAAUUUCAUUGGAGAAAAUAUAUUUUUUGGUUACAAAGACGUUCUUUUAAGGCGAUAUGACGACGAGUUUAUGAAGAUGAAGAAACUGAUGAUACGAUCGAUGAAGCUCCACGAUUAUAACUCGGACAAGUUUAAACAGCUGAUGUCAGAGGAGCUUUCACACAUACUGUCUAAGUUCCAGAAGACAGAAGGAAAGCCAACGGAGCCGAUGGACAUGUUGGUGCCGUCCUUCUGUAACAUCAUCGGAAUGCUGUUCACAGGGCGCCGAUGCCAGGACGAGGACAGGCUCCUAAAGGUCUUGGUGGAUUUCGACCGAGACGGGGACACCAUGAUUCAGCCCCAGGUUCACGCAGUGUACAAACUAUUCCCCUGGAUUCGUCAUUUUCCCGGCUAUUACGGCGGUCUGUAUCGCAAUGUUAUUCGGGGGAGAACAGAACUACACAAUCUGGUCCAAGAUAUGAAGAGUAAAUAUGACAAAACCGAGGUUCAAAACUUCAUCCACGAACUUCUGGGGGAGCAUCGGGACUUUGCUGAGGACCCGGAUAAAGGCUGGCUCACAGAUGAACACGUUCUAGGAAUGAUUAUGGAUCUUAUCAACACGUCCGUGUUGACAACCAAAGCUGUGAUGGCAGGUGCCCUCUUUCUCCUCUCUCACUUUCCGGAGAUACAGGAAAAGAUUCGCGAGGAGAUCACUAACAUUGUCGGCUCUCGAUCUCCCACGACAGAGGACAUGGCGUCAAUGCCGUACACGGAGGCCUGUAUGAUGGAGAUCUUACGCUAUCAGUCCCAUCUUCCCCUCACCGCGCCCCACGCAAACCUAAGCCAGGAAGUAGAACUGGAGGGCUAUACGAUCCCCAAAGGAACAGUGAUUUUCGGGAACUUGUUUGCCUGCCACCACGAUGAGACCGUGUACCCUGACCCCUGGGAGUUCAAACCUGACCGGUUCCUGGAGGAAGGAAAGUUAGUCGGAGCCGACCACCCAGCGGUCAGAAAUUUUAUUGGAUUUGGCGUCGGGAGGCGGCGGUGUGUGGGUCAGCAAAUGGCUAGAAUCAGAAUGUUCCUGUACACCACGUGUCUCUUGCAGAAAUUUAAAAUCGAAGUCCCAAAAGAUACGUCACUUCCGUCACAUGACCCAAGAGCGUUACUUUCGGAGUCCCCUGUGAUUUUACCGCCACCUAUGCAGUAUUGUUUUGUUGAGUGUUGAACGUGAAUGCUCGAGAUCUCAGUCUACAGAGACCGGUUGUGAAUGAAAGUCUUGCUAUGUAUAAUACAUGGCUUGUCUAUUGCUUUUAUUUAUUAGAGAUAUGAUGUUAUGUAUUGAAAUCCAGAAAAUAAAUGUUAGAAACAUCC